UAUUAUGCAACACUUUUGCCAUUUAUAUCCAUCUCUACUAAAAAAAUUAAGGUAUAGUUUCAGAAAUCCCCCUCAAAUUCAGUUUGAUUAUACUAACUUUCCUCAUAGUUUACUAUAUUACGCUUACCUCCUUUAUUCUAAGCAAUUUGUAACAAUUCUUCUAAUCUAUGAAUUGAUUUCCUCACCUAUCAAGUACUUGAGCUUCUCACCUCAUAAUUAAAUUCAAAACGUGAUACACGUUGAAUUUGAACAUUAACCUGGAGCCUAGCAGGUAGGUGAUGAAGCAGAAGGCCAAGCCGGUUGCCCGUCUUGCAUUAUGACUAUUGGAUCCAAUCUGACAGUGGAGAUAACUCCAGUGACAUUUUCCAAGAUGAAGUCAACGGUCAACUAAUUUUUUUUAAUUAAUUGCAAAAGUAGCUUAACAAAAAGUAUUAAUGGUUUCUUCUACUUCAUAUCUACCUACCAAUCACACAAAAAUGCCUCCGCUAAAUCCAAGGUUUCUAGUCAUAAGCUUGAUUGUUCUACUGAGCAUCACCGUAUUCAGAGAAGCUGAAGCAUCAUAUAGAGUUUACAAAGUCAAAGUAGUCCAUGAAUUCCCUCACGACCCCCAAGCCUACACUCAGGGGCUUCUCUAUGCAGAAAAUAAUACACUCUUUGAAUCAACUGGACUUUACGGACGUUCAUCUGUUCGAAAAGUUGCAUUGCUGGACGGUAAGGUUGAGAGACUUCAUGAAAUGGAGUCUUCUUACUUUGGAGAGGGUCUAACUCUUCUUGGUGAGAGGUUGUUCCAACUAACAUGGUUGCUGGAUACCGGUUUCAUAUAUGAUCGAUACAACUUCAGCAAAUUCAAAAAGUUUACUCAUCACAUGCAAGAUGGUUGGGGAUUGGCAACCGAUGGGAAAGUACUUUUUGGAAGUGAUGGAACAUCAACAUUAUAUAAGAUUGACCCUAAGACAAUGAAAGUCAUCAGAAAACAAGUUGUCAAGUCUCAAGGGCAUGAAGUGCGCUACCUCAAUGAGCUGGAGUAUGUGAAAGAUGAAGUCUGGGCAAAUGUUUAUGUGACUGAUUGCAUUGCUAGAAUUUCACCAAAAGAUGGCACUGUGAUCGGGUGGAUUCUCCUUCAAUCUCUAAGAGAAGAGUUAAUAUCAAGAGGAUAUAAGGACUUCGAGGUCCUGAAUGGAAUCGCAUGGGACAGAGAUGGUGACCGUAUUUUUGUGACAGGGAAACUAUGGCCAAAGCUCUUUGAGAUCAAGUUGCUCCCCCUCACACCGAAUGAUCCAUUGGCUGGAGAAAUCAAUAACUUGUGCAUCCCGAAAACCAGUUCUAUCUUGGAAAUUUAGAGAGCUGAUUAUGUUUAUCAUUUCUCAUGUAAGCAUCCAUUUAUUGAUCAAUUCUUCCUAUAUGUUACGUCUAUUGCUAUGUAUAACAUAAGCUACUCAUGCACGCUGCAACACAACAAAAAAUGGAAUAAGGCAGUGCAAGUCUAAUAAAUUGUAGCAUAUUCGGGUAAAAAUAUCAAUAGGCAAAAACAGUCUGAAAUGGGGACUAAUAUAGAAGUACACAGACACUGAGUACACAUUCAUUCGUCA